AGCGGUGUCAGCUUAAGAAGCUAAAACAAAACCAGAAUAGAAAGCGAAAAAACGAACACAAAACAACUCAAUUACUCAACGCCGUAGUCAAACAACCGGAAUCCGAUUAUCGUUAGGGUUCUACCGCCAGUUCCGUCAUAUGGAUCAACACAGCAAUUCUCCUUGGUCCUACGACAACUCCGCCCCUCCGCCCUACCACGACGGCGGCCCCUUCAAUCACGGCGGCCACUACAAUCACCACCGUAGAUACCAAAACAACAACUACCAAGACGCCGGUGGUGAACCAUGCGACUCAUUUGGAUACUCCAAUGGCACUGCAUUUUCGGGACGAAAGAGACCGUUCUCACAGUCUGUUCACGGACCUCCUGAAUUCUUUGAUGGUGGCAAGUGUAACAAGCUUUAUGUUUCUAGUGUUCCAAGAGAAGUCACAGAAGAAGAUAUCCGUUCCUUAUUUGGUGAACAUGGAACCAUCACCGAAGUUGUUCUUUUCAAGCAAUUAAAAAAUCUCCAACAGCAUGACUGCUGUUUUGUUAAAUAUGCAACGAUAGAGGAUGCUUCACAAGCUAUAAAAGCUUUAAAUUAUCAAUAUACUUUUCCUGGAAGUUUGCGUCCCAUUGAAGUUAAAUAUGCCACAAAGAAACCAGAACGUCCAGCUCCAGGUUUUUUGAAGACAUAUGAAAACAAGUUGUUGAAGGGCGGCCUUGAAUCUCAAGUUUUUGUUGGUUUCUUGAGCAAGCAUGCAUCAAAAGCCGAAAUUGCAGAAAUAUUUUCCCCUUAUGGUUAUGUUGAAGAUGUUUAUAUAGUUUACGAUGAACAGAGGCGGGCCCGAGGAACGGGAUUCAUCACGUUCUCUGAUAAAGCUAUGGCAGCUGAUGCAAUUAACGGUCUGAAUGGAAAAUACGUGAUGAAAGGCUGUGAUCAGCCGUUGGCUGUCCGGUUUGCAGAACCAAGGAAGCCAAGAGUUUGGGAAAACAGAUAUCCACCUUACUUCAAUGACCCAGUGGCUCAAACCUCGCUACCUAAUAGUUCACAGAUGUCAUCAGUUUCUAGCGCUUGUUCUGGGCCGACAUGUAUGGAAAUGGAAGAUCUACCUGAUUGUGAAUGGAGUGAGCAUAUAUGUCCAGAUGGCAAUGCAUACUACUAUAAUUGUGUAACAUGUGAAAGCCUGUGGGAGAAACCUGAGGAAUACAGCUACUAUGAGCAACAACUUGAGAAUUGCAAUCAGCAGUCUAAUCCUACAUGGGUAUCAUGAAUUUGCAAGAUCCCAUGUGAAGGUAAUUGUGUGGCUACUGGUUUUCUUUUGCUGUUUGUAUCAGCUUAUUGUAUGCAAAUUUGGGUGAUUCUGGUAUUGGUUUUGAUCAGACUGCUUCUUACAAAACAACUUAUUUCACUCAA